GUUCACGCGUCGCCCAUCAAACUGUUACUACCUGGUAACAACUUCUGUGAAGACCUUCAAGAGCACUUUGUUGCAGUGAUAUCCUCCUUAAACGCGGACAUAUUGCGCUGACUGCUGCAAGAUGUGGAAGUCAGUCGUGGGCCACAAUGUGAGCAUGAAAGUGGCUGCAGAGGGGGAUGACUGGGAGACAGACCCUGACUUUGAGAAUGACGUCUCAGAGCAGGAGCAGAGGUGGGGAGCAAAGACCAUCGAGGGCUCAGGGCGUAAGGAGCACAUCAGUGUUGCAGAGCUCAGGAACAAGGUGACUGCGGAGCACGAGCAGGUGAAGCAGAAGGAUCAGACUCCCAAAGCGUCAUACGGAUACGGAGGGAAGUUUGGGGUGGAGAAAGACCGAAUGGACAAGGUGGCUUUGGGGAACGACUACGUGGCACAAGUUGAGCAGCACUCUUCCCAGAAAGAUGCGGCGCAAGGGUUUGGGGGGAAAUUUGGUGUUCAGAAAGACCGCGUCGACAAGUCAGCCAUGGGCUUUGAAUACAAAGGAGAGGUGCAGCAACAUGCAUCUCAGAGAGGUAAGUCAUCUGUCUACCUUCAAAGAAGCCAUCUCUCUUACAGUACCUUUUUUUUGUUUCAGAAGGUGAUACCUCACAGAAAGGUCUCAUCCACAAUUGUGCAUACAAUCCAUAUGUUUUUAGAUUACUCAAAGGGAUUUGGAGGAAAGUACGGGGUGGAAAAGGAAAAAGUGGACAAGGCUGCUUUGGGGUACGACUAUAAAGGCCAGACAGAGAAGCACCAGUCACAAAAAGACUACGCUAAGGGAUUUGGAGGAAAGUACGGGGUGGAGAAAGAGAAGGUGGACAAAGCUGCAUUGGGGUAUGACUAUAAAGGAGAAACAGAGAAGCACCAGUCACAGAAAGAUUACUCAAAGGGAUUCGGAGGGAAGUUUGGUGUCGAGAAGGAGAAAGUGGACAAAGCUGCCUUGGGCUAUGAUUACAAGGGUGAGACGGAGAAACAUCAGUCACAAAAAGAUUAUUCAGCAGGUUUUGGAGGUCGUUAUGGAGUACAGGCAGACCGCAUGGAUAAGAGUGCAGCUGGCUUCUCAGACGUGGACUCCCCUACCUCUGCUUAUCAAAAGACACAACCAGUAGAGGCCUCAACUGCAGGCGCAGGAAAACUGAAAGCACGUUUUGAGAACAUGGCCAAGGCUUCAGACGAAGACAGCAGGAAGAAAGCAGAAGAAGAGAGAGCGAGGAGACAAGCCAGAGAGAGCAGAGAGCGAGAGGCAGCCAAACGCAGACAGGAGGAGCAGAGCAGGAGAGAGGAGGAAAGUCCUCCACCACCUGUUCCAGAUGUGGAUCCGGAGUACGACGUGCCUCCACUGGAAAUCCACCAGCACAUGCCAGAGAUAGAAGAAAUACCUGAGGCAGAACCAGAACCAGAACCAGAACCAGAACCAGAGCCAGAGCCACAGGAGGAAUACGAAAAGCCCCCGGCCUUGCCUCCACGCUUAGACGAUUUCCUCGACCCAGAUGCUCCCCCGCUACCUGAACGGUCAGCGUUUGAGGAGGAGGUUGAGGAUGAAGGACAGUACGAAGAUCUUGCUGAACCGCCUCCUCCACCGCUGACAGCUGUGGACAAUGACUAUGAAGACCUUACAUGCGGCCAGCAGGCAGUAGCAAUUUAUGACUAUGAAGGAGAGGCUGAUGAUGAGAUCUCCUUCAACCCGGAUGACAUCAUCACCAACAUAGAGAUGAUUGACGAGGGCUGGUGGAAGGGACAGUGUAACGGACGCAUCGGCCUAUUCCCGGCCAGUUACGUUCAGCUGAUGCAGUGAGCGACACGCUCAGGAAGUUUUUGCACGAGCUUCACUUUUGCACAAUCUCAGGUUGUUCAACAGAAGAAAUUUUGUAUUUAUGGAAUAAAUUUGUGCCAAAAUGGCUUCUGAUCAGCUGAUUUCUAUACUUUUGCUGUGUACUAUUAUUGGUAAUGAGUAUCUGUAAGACGACCAAACCCAUAUUACUGAUGAGUUGAAUCUUGUAUUGGCAAUUAACUGAUUGAAGUCAAUAAAAUAUUCUACAGGCAA